AUGUCGUCGAACAGAGCAGCUGCCGUUAGAUUGCCGAAGCUCGAGAGACUUCGUGUGAAGAACUCUGCUUCGGAACAACAGGUGUCGCCUUGUACGGUUCUUAUGUCCUCCCUAUUGAACUGUUGGUCUUCAAACGGUGAGGGUAGUGCACUGUGUAAAGAACUUGAACAGAACCUGAAAGGUUGUAUGGAGAAUAGAGUCAGAACCAAGGCUGCUAGAUCGUCGAUCAACUACCACACGGAGAGACUGUUCCCAAGAAUCAACGGAAAACCACAUGAUUGA